UUUUACAUAUAUUGUGUGCGGGCUCACUACAAAUGUGUUUUGCUUGUUGACCCUGGCUUGCUGACCAACCAGAGGACUGAAAAAUAAUGAAAUGAUUGUGGGUCAGCUGGUUGGCCUCAGAGAAUUUGAAAUCUAACUAGUGAAGAGAAACGGUCCCCUUGGCAAAUGCAUCAAAUGUUUUUGUCAUUGCAGCACAUAGGCUGAAAAACAUUAGAUUCAUGGAACAAACGUUACAAUUUGGGUUGUAAAUGUAGAUGAAUGCUUGUGCACCGCUCCAGAGGAAUACAGUAAACCACUUUGGUAUUUUUGAAAAAUGACAGUAAGACAUGGAGCGUUUAAAUGCCACACUAAAAAGUGGCUGGGCUAUCCAAUCACAUGGCGGCUUGCGUUAAGCUCCGCCCCUUCCACCGAUGGUCCAAUUUUGACACGGUGGGAGAGUGCGUUAUGGCUGCCACAGAUAUUGCGGCCCCUACCUCCGAGGUAACUCCUCCGGUGACUGUCGAUAAUUGCGCUCCUGUCUUGGAUGAAACUCAUACAGAAGACGACAGCAACACCGCAGCGGAAACAGUGGAACCACCUGGCUCCGGGGAGCCGAAAUGGGUUGCGCUGAAGGCGGAGGCCGGUGAGGCGGCGGAGCAGGCCCCGAGCGAGGCGCCGCCGUUCGGCGUCCCAGAAGCGGUCAACCUGGAGGCGACACCCAGUCCCCGAGAUACGGAGCUGCCUUCCGAGGAGCUGCCGCCGGAGCCGCAACGGAACUUUGCAGAUGACAACGGCGAGCAUGUCGGCUGUGCCACGGAGAACGAUAAGGAGAUAGAGGAGCCUGGCGAGGAGAGCCGGGGUUCGGGUAUGGAGGAGUGCGACAAAAAAACGACUUGCGUAGACGGCGACAAACUGAGCGGCGGACACGCGGCGCUGGGGGACAAGAGGCGGCCGAGCGUGGAGAUGUCCUCCUCCGACGGUGAACCGCUGAGCCGCAUGGACUCCGAAGACAGUAUAAGCAGCACCUUGAUGGAGAUGGAGAGCACCGUGUCAAGUGGGCGUUCCACCCCGGCUAUGAUGAAUGGACAAAGCAAUGCCAGCUCCUCUGCUGUUAAGACUGUGGCCUACUCCUGUUGCUGGGAUCUUUGCCUUCAGUACUUCAACUCGAGCCCCGAUCUAGCUGAGCAUAUUCGGGGCGUCCAUGUGGAUGGACAAAGAGGAGGGGUGUUUGUGUGUCUGUGGAAGGGUUGCAAGGUGUACAACACCCCAUCCACCAGUCAGAGUUGGCUCCAGAGACACAUGCUGACCCACAGUGGUGAUAAGCCCUUCAAGUGUGUCGUUGGUGGCUGCACCGCAAGUUUUGCCUCCCAGGGGGGACUGGCUCGCCACGUUCCCACCCACUUCAGUCAGCAAAGUUCUUCCAAAAUGUCCAGCCAAGCUAAACUCAAGGAGGAAUCACCUUCCAAGGCUGGCCUCAAUAAGAGGAAGAAGCUCAAGAACAAACGCAGGUGCUCCCUACCGAGGCCCCAUGACUUCUUUGACGCUCAAACCAUGGAUGCCAUCCGCCACCGAGCCAUCUGUCUCAACCUCUCCACUCAUAUUGAAAGCGUGGGCAACGGCCACAGUGUGGUCUUCAGCAGCACGGUGCUGGCCAAAAGGAAGGAGGGCUCAGGAAAAGUGAACGUUCUCCUACACUGGAUACCUGAGGACAUUCUGCCUGACGUGUGGGUGAAUGAAACGGAGCGGCCUCAGCUGAAGACCAAAGUGGUGCACUUAUCCCAGUUGCCGCAGGAAACCGCCAUGCUGCUGGACCCCAACAUAUACAGACAAUUCUUUCCAUAUCUUUCCAGAGCGCUUCCACAGAAGCGACUAAAGCAGAGAUCAGGACGUGGCGCCAGCUCUGAGAUGCAUCCCAGAAUCUGGCAUGGCUGACUGGGGCAGCAGCAGACUUCUCGAUCCAACAGCUCAACCAAAGCUAAGGAACACCACCACCCACCGCGUUCCUGGAUUUUCACCCUGCCGCUCCCUGUUUUGACGUAGGAAUGUUUACAACAGUUACUCCAGCUUAUCUUCCACUUUUAAAACUGUUUAUUGGAAUCUCAACAGUUUUAAUUUCUCUGCAAUCACUCUGGGUUUCUUGUGAUGCAUGUUGCUAAUUUAGACAGCCGAAUGUGUCCAUGGUUGAAUUGGGCCAGUUGUAUUCCGUAUGUGUCUAGGGACAUAGAGCGGGCAAAGUAAUGGCAUUAGUCAAGAGGGCAGUGCUGCAGUAAGCUGAAAUGGACGGAGCCUCUUCGUUUUGUGCUGCCCGUCUGACAUCAGCCAGUUAUGAUGCAACAAGGACUCCAUAAAUUGCAGUGAUGCGGCAGAACACGUUGACACAUCAACCCUGUGCGAGGGUAUUAUGUGAUAUUUACAGGCGCGCUGGGACUUUGGUAUUCUUUUUCUGAAGGGACACUGAGGUAAUGUGGCGUACGCACUGGAACCAGACAUAAAACCGUGUGCACGCCAUCAAAUGUCAAAGGCUGUCGGAAGUUAACAUCCAAAUUUAAUCUGUAAAUUGAAUUACCUGUUUGCACGAAAGUGACAUGUAAAUGUUUUCGAUGGUUGGUGAACAAGAAUACACUUACAAAAUUAAUAGGUUCUGGAAGACAUUUCUUAACUUGGAAAAUUUUGAGACAAGUUUUCCAUGUAAAUGUCCUAAUUCGUUCCAAGUCCCCCCAAAAUUCAGACAUAAAUGUUUCCUAAAGCAUAAAAAUGCAUCAAAAUAUGUAACGAAUACAUGUUACUAUUAUAAAUAAUUCAUGCAAGUUGUGUAUAAUGUACAAAUUAAGAAUAAA